AUGUCUAACCAGAAUGAUCUGGCUUAUGGUGGUUACUACCAAGGCACGGAGCCUGGGUCCGGAGACGGAUCCCGCGGUCUAGGCGAUACCUUCAAGAAGCUCCGCGAUACCUACACAAGCCAUGGAUCUGGCCAGGCGAAUCAGACAGAUAACUCAGGUGGUUAUCAAGGUCAUGAUCAGAACCAAAACACAAGUGGACAGCAUCAAACCCCUAAAGAAGACAAACUUUCCGGCUUCUUGGGGAAACUUCAAAGCACAGUGACCGAGUUGGGUUCCGAAUUUGCGCAGAAGAUCGGUACCGCCCUCGACCCACAGGCGUACGCCGAGUACGGUCUCAGCAAGCCUAGCACAGAGCAUCGAUUUGGUAGCUUCGCUCCUACCCGGGAACACAAUGAUGUCAAGUGGCAUGUGGAUGGUUGUAGCUAUUUCUGGGCUGUCUCGCGAGCUCUGGAAAAUGCCCGAGAGUCAAUUUGGAUUCUAAACUGGUGGUUAUCUCCCGAACUUUAUUUGAGAAGGCCACCGGCGAAAAAUGAACAAUACCGAUUGGACCGCAUGCUGCAAGCUGCAGCCCAGCGGGGCGUGCGCGUCAACGUGAUCGUUUAUAAGGAGGUUCCGCAAGCGCUCACUCUGUCUUCUUCUCAUACCAAGGAAGCCCUAGAGAGUUUGCACCCUAAUAUUGCUGUCUUUCGUCACCCUGACCACAUGCCUGACCGCCAAGAGCUGGUAGCUGAUAUCGAGUCGACCUUCAAGAACAUUUCCCUCGAUUCGGCAAGUUUGAGUAAGAUGUCAAAGGACACACUGAAGGGACUGUACGGAAUGAACGACGAUGUCAUUCUGUAUUGGGCUCAUCACGAGAAGCUUUGCUUGGUCGAUGGUCGGAUUGCAUUCAUGGGUGGCUUGGAUUUGUGCUUCGGCCGCUGGGAUACCAACCAACAUGGAAUCUCGGAUCUACAUCCCUCGGAUGUCAGUCAAAACGUAUACCCUGGCCAGGACUACAACAAUUCUCGCGUCCUUGAUUUCCAAGAUGUCGCUCACUGGGAGAAUAACGAGCUAGAUCGAAAGACCAUGUCUCGCAUGGGAUGGUCUGAUAUCUCCGUGAGCUUGCACGGUGCAGCCGUAGAAGAUUUGCGGCGUCACUUUGUGGAGCGAUGGAACUUCAUCUACGAUUUGAAAUACAAGGUUCGGAAUGAAACUAGAUACGCAAGACUGGCACUCCAUGGAACGCCCGCUUCCUCGACUGGCCCCUCGACUGGCCAACAACAGGCCGGUUCUCCACAGCCCAACUCGAACUCCUCGGGUCAGGCAAACCCACAUGGUCAGCCCCCUGCGCCAUCCUGGCAGCAUAAGCCUAGUGAAGUUACAUCGCCUACCUACCCGCCGCCGCCAGGUCAGACGUCAUCGAGUCCAUCGCAGCCACAGUCUCAACCUCAGCAGUAUCAGCAGUAUCAGCAGUAUCAGCAACAGAACCCGCCUACCUCGUACAACUCUGAGGAUGCUUCGACCUAUCCCCCACCGCCCAGCCAAAGCCAUCUAGGUCAUCAAUCUCAGUCUGCUCAGCCCCCGAGUUAUGAUCCUAGCCAGUAUAGCUACACUGGGAACUCAUUCCCUCCUCCUCCGCCUGGACCCCCUCCAGCGCAGUUCAAUGCCAACACCUCGUAUCAGCACUACCAACAGGGCCAGCAACAGGAGCAGACGCCCUAUUUCCCACCUCCACCCGGCCAGGAAACAUCACACUACAACACCCGUGGAAUUGAUGACCACCAGCAUGGAGGUGAUCGGGAUCGAGGUUCUUUGGUGCCCGAUCGUCUCCGAGAGGACCUGACCCAAUAUGGCAACUCUCUCCGUGGUCAGCUCGCUGGACAAAUUCACCACUACCAGGAUCGACUCGCUACAUAUGGCCGCCCUUCCGCCUCGCAAGGCCGAGGCAACAUGUCAUGCCAGAUUGUGCGCAGUUGUGCGAAAUGGAGCAACGGCAGCCAGCUUGAGCAUUCAGUUGCCAACGCAUAUUGCGCCAUCAUUCGAAACAGUGAGCACUUUGUCUAUAUCGAAAACCAGUUCUUUAUCACUGCGACCGGUGAUUCACAGCAUCCAGUGAAAAACCAGAUUGGCGCCGCCAUUGUGGAGAGGAUUUUGCGUGCUGCCCGUGCUGGUCAGAAAUAUAAGAUUGUUGUGGUUCUUCCAUCUGUGCCGUGCUUUGCCGGUGAUUUGGGAGAUGAGAAGACUCUCGGAACACGCGCGAUUAUGGAGUUCCAAUACAACUCCAUCAGCCGCGGAGGUCACAGUAUCAUGGAGCUGAUUGCUAAGGAGGGAUUCAACCCUACGGAGUACAUCCGGUUCUACAACCUUCGCAAUUAUGAUCGGAUUAACAACGGUAGUAUGGUGGCUGCAGCUGAACAGCAAAGCGGUGUCAACUACGAGGAUGCCCGCAGACAGCACGAUUUGAACACUGCGGGCCCUGGUGGAAAUGCCCCAAGCGCUACUAGUAGUGCUUUUGAUACUAGCGCACCGUUGGAGCAGUACCAGCAGGCUGCACAACAGGUACAAGGCGGUCAUGCUUCCUCGGGUCGGUGGGACAGUGUGAGCGAGUGCUAUGUGCUUGGCGGAGAGGACAUUCGGAACGUGCCGUGGGACGGCCACCCCGAUGCCGAAAUUGAUGCGUUUGUGAGCGAAGAGCUUUACGUCCACUCCAAGGUGAUGAUCGCCGACGAUCGUGUAGUUGUAUGCGGAUCCGCAAACCUGAACGACCGUUCUCAACUGGGUGACCAUGACUCUGAGAUCGCAGUCAUUAUCGAAGACUUUACGCCUGUGGCAUCCAGCAUGGAUGGUAAGCCAUGGACUGCCAGUCACUUUGCUUCGUCACUUCGCCGCCAAUUGUUCCGGAAGCACCUGGGUCUUUUACCCCCGCAAGACUAUCAACGACCGGAUGCAAACUUUGAGCCCGUGGGAGUUCCCAACCACUUCGACUUCGACUGCCCUGAGAGCAAGGUUGUUGCCGAUCCGCUUUCCGACACUACUCAGAGUCUUUGGAACUCGCGGGCGCGCACAAACACCGAGGUCUUCCGGAAGGUAUUCCACGCGGUUCCGGAUGACACCAUCCGCAACUGGGCUGAGUACAAAGAGUUCUAUGAGUACUAUUUCCACAAGAACGAAAAGGAAGCUGAGGGCCUGGAAGGAUCGGCAAGUCCAGCACGAUUCCAAUGGGGACACGUUGUGAGCGAUGACUUUGCGCCUGGUGCAGAGGGGGCCAGGCAGGUCAAAGAGCUGCUUAGCCAAGUCAAGGGUACUCUGGUUGAGAUGCCUUUGAUGUUCUUGAUUGAGGAAGAUGUCGCGAAGGAAGGAUUGACUCUAAAUGAGUUGACGGAGACACUCUAUACCUAA